CGGGAACUCUGGGAGUGGAAAUAUGGAGGGCGUAGCGGCAGGUUUGAGGCGAGGUGUAAAGGUUUUCGGAAAGUGAGGUUGCAACCGGCAGAUGGGCGUGACUCAAUCAGAGAGCCGGGCAAUGGCGUCAGAGAGGCGGGCGACAGCGGGGCGCUUGCAGGAACCGGACAACAGGCUUAUGGCGGAUUUUUUCAACCUGUUCUUAAACGCGUCACUACCAGCAGCAGUGCGAGCGCCAUUUAUGCGAAGCUGGAGCCGCCGGGGCAGAUCUACUUCUCCGGGCAGAACGUGGCCGGGAACGUGCGCGUGGACCUGGACUCGUGCCUCACCGUGCAGGGCAUUACGGUGCGCGUGGUGGGCGAGGCGGCCGUGCGCGUCAUGGGCGAGCCCGGCGCGUGGACGGCGCGACGUCUGCGCCGCGCUCAGCGCAGGCUGCGGAAC